AUGAAGAACAUCAGCGAGAUCGGAUACACAUCCCUACACCUAAAAACCGAUAGCCAACAAGUCCUUCAUAUGCUGAAAGAAGAAGAGGAAUGGCCAGCCUUUAUAGCAGAAUUGGAGGAGUUUGAUACUCUUAAGAAGUGUUUUCUUAAUUUCAUUGUUUCUUUUGUUCCACGUUCUUUGAACAUCCGUGCGGACACCCUUGCUAAGGGAGCUCGAUCACGCGGUUCUUCCUUUGAAGCUGUAAACUCUUUGCCUCCAAACGGAUCGUCCUCUGCGACGAACCCAUUCCUGGUAAUAUCUUAA